GUUACGCUUUUAUCCUGUCAUCUUCAACUUCCUAAAAUAAGCAAAUGUACUUAUAGAUUUCUUUUAUUUAAUUAAAAAUAGCUAAUUUCCUUUUUGUGCAUACGUUUACGUUCAUUUUUGCAUUUACUCUGUUUGAAAACCUGUAGGCUGCCACCUCCAAGUGGUUGCGCCCUGGUGUAGGCCUUACUGAGUGUGUAGGCCAAGUGAGUAGUCAAGUGUGUUAUCCUUUUGGAAUCGGUGCGUAUCGUGGCGAGUGCUCGUACUUCACAGAACACAAUGGCAAAGUCUUUGGUUUCCAUCGCAAAAUUUGUUUCAAGAAUUGGCAGUAAUGCCCAAAAUACUGUUGCUGUGGCUGGUGUGAAUUCAGUUCAAACUAGAAACUAUUCUGACAAAAGGAUCAAGGUCGCCAACCCAGUCGUCGAGCUCGAUGGAGAUGAGAUGACCAGGAUCAUCUGGGAGAAGAUCAAGGAGAGGCUGAUCUUCCCCUACGUUGAUGUGGACUGCAAGUACUAUGACCUUGGUCUGCCGUACCGCGACCAGACCAACGACCAGGUCACCAUCGACUCUGCCGAGGCCAUGAAGAAGUACAAUGUGGGCAUCAAGUGCGCCACCAUCACGCCCGACGAGCAGCGC